UGAAAAGGAAAACUAUUUUCCAUUUUCCUAAAGAAAAAUAUUUUCAAGGAUUGUCGAACUUCGAUUGUGUUCAAGUUCGUCAGAAAUACGAUGAAGGUUUAAUUCGGUUUAUCAAAGGAAUCGGAUUUUUUGUUUUCGACAUUGGAUUUUUAACUUUGACUAAUUAAAUGAUCUCAAAAUGUUACGCUCCGAAAUUUUUUGCUCAUUGAGAUUAUUAAUCGGUGCAUUUACGUAAGCAGAGUAAUUUAUAAACAAUUAUCAAAAUCGUUCGAACGAAAAGCAAGGAAACUGCUGCGGUCAACUACAGGAAUUCCUGAAUUUAAUAACGAGACAAAAUACACGUUUAAAUAUAAUAAUCAUAUCAAUAUAGUUCACAUAUAUACACACAAAAACAUAUCUAAUUUACAUUUGCUCUAAUUUUCAAAACAACUUUUUUUCGCUUAAGCACCUACGUCAAACUGCAAAGGUCCAAAAUCGCACAAUAUUGAUACAAAAAAUAACGGUAUUAAUGAAUCCAAUCCGUUCUAACUGAUGAUAAUACCGUUAUUGAUUAAUUUCUCAAUAAUUUCGCGGUUUUUCCCCUACCUUGUCCGUCUGAUCGAUUUUGUAUAAUAAAUAGGUCGAAUUUUAGAAAAACAUGUCAUUCAAUCCAUUGUUCUAAAUACAUAUAAUUGGAAUUUAGAGAAUGUAUCUUUAAGAGUGUCAAUCGGGAUCACCUUGAAAUCAGAAGUUCCGUGAUUGUCGUGUCUACAGUUUUUAAUAGUCGUAAAAGAUUCUGGAAUAAAUAAACAAUAUGAAGCCGUCAAUCGUAUUAUCCUUCUUAUCAGUCCUCCUGUGCUCCGUAAAUUACGUUUUGACUCAGGAAAUCAUUCAACAACCUGUCCAAACAGUGGAACAACCCGUUCAGCAAGUACAACCGGUACAAACCCAGGAUGCCCAACAGGGCGGUCCGAAUUACCAAAUAUCAGGAACAUUCGUCCUAGAACGGGCUCAAACGGUUGCCGUUCCCGUCUACGCACUGCCACCCAACGGUUCAGAACCGAUAACCUUUGACCCCUCGAUGGGCCAGCAACAGACCGAAAUUGGUACCAACGAUCAACCACCAAUCACACUGGUCAUCCCUCAAACACCGUCUCUUGUUUAUCCAGAGGAUAGUCAAUCGUCACAAAGUGCCCCGCUGGGUUCUUCAAAUGGUGGUCAACCUCCAAUUACCCAACAGCUUCCUCAAACAGCGUCGCUUGUUUACCCUAAUCAGCAACUGAUUCCCAUUAUGACAUUGCCUGCAGCGCUACCUCCAACCGGUUUGACUGCUAACGCUGCUAAUCAGCCCCCGAUUACGAAACAAAUCCCAUCAACGCCGUCACUCACUUAUCCUCCUCCCCAGUCCGCUCCAGGACUCUCGCCUGCGCCUCAGGUUAUUUUUCUUCAGGCUUUACCUGGUGGACCAAACCAGUAUUAUCCAACAUUCCCCAGGAUUACGUCGCUUCCUCCAGUGGGAGGUCCACCAAGUCAACCGCAAAUAACUCAACGCAUUCCGCAAACCCCUUCACUGGUUUAUCCCUCGACUGGACCAGCACCAGGAGCACCUGCUGCAAUGGCCUCUGCUCCUCCAGCAUCAAUGCCAUGCAGACCUGUUCCUAUACCGGGACCUCAACUACCUCUCCCAUGCCAAAUGCUUAUGCAAACCAUUGCUGCACAAAGUCAGUUGGGUGCCCUUCCAAUCCGACAACAAACUGCUCCCCCAACAUCCGUAUCUUGUCCGUUUUCUAAUCAGCAGAUGUCUUCUUCAGUUCUUCAACCAACUGGUUUCGUGGCAAUGCCGUUUCCAUCUUCAUUCCCUCUAAGUUAUACUCCACCUGCCCCACAGGUGAUUGACCCUCUAGGGCCGUUGGGACCUCAAGGAUUCGGCGAUGUAACCCCAUCGGCAUUGUUCACCCCAAGUCCAAGCGGUUCUUCGCCAUCGAGUAGUAAUCAGAUACAAGCUUUCCGAAAUUAUUUCAUGCAAUUGGCCCAAGGGGUUGCAAAUUCUACGCCCUCCAGCAGUCAAACGGCCGGAAAUAUGAGAAGAAGAUAAACUAACGGUUGUGAAAUAUUAUGAAUGUUGUAAAUUAUUGUGAAAGGCAGUAUAAAAUUGUAGAUUGUAAUGACAAAGUUUCUUUGUUAAGGA